ACUUCGUACGUGUCGGUCGCGUUUCGCUGAAGUCGCCGCGUCAGCGCGUUGUUAUUAGUGAACUCUGAUAGAGGAAAAGAGAGAGUGUGUGGAAAUCUGUUGUGGAGUGUUUAAGGUUUCACGAAUUAUUGUGCUUUAAAUUAAAAAGUGGGCCCUUGGGACAAGUUUUCUACCCUCUGCACCGAAUUCCGGCACAGUUAGGUCGGGAUUUGGCGGAGGAAUUCCUCGUGCCCGCCACCGGAAGGGGGAACAAAACGGUUGUGACUUUCGCGAGCAAAAUUUGGAAGCCCCCCGUGAAUUUGGUGACCCAAUAUUAAAGUGUUAGUGUUCAGUAUCGAAAUGCGAUUUCCAUUCAUCGUGUGAAAAAAAAUUGAAAGUAAUUUGUUAUCUGAAGCAAAGCAACAAGUGUUUUUCCGUUGUAAAGUGUUAAAGGAAUCGAUUGUGAAUUACCUAAAAUUUCAAAAAUUAGGAUACAACUACACUGAGUGUUCAGUGUGCGGAAGUUCCAGACAGUGCCGAAUCGAAUACAAAACUGGGUGGAAAUAACCACCACUUACUUCUUCUUCCACUGGAACCGGGCCGACAUCGAUAGCUAACACUCUGGAUUACGGAUACGGAGACGAUUUUAAAGGAUCACAGUAUGAGCCUGGUGGGUAUUCAGCCCAGGUUCAGCAACGGUCCAACAUGACGCAACGGGAGGGCAUCUACAAGUUCGAGAACGAGCGCAUCAAGACCCUACAGGAGGAGCGGCUGCACAUCCAGAAGAAAACGUUCACGAAAUGGAUGAACUCGUUCCUGGUCAAGGCCAAAAUGGAGGUGGACGACCUGUUCACCGACCUGGCCGACGGCAUCAAGCUGCUAAAGCUCCUGGAGAUCAUCUCCGGCGAGAAGCUCGGCAAACCGAACAGCGGCCGGAUGCGGGUGCACAAGAUCGAGAACGUGAACAAAAGUUUGGCCUUCCUGCACACAAAGGUUCGCCUUGAGUCGAUCGGUGCCGAGGACAUCGUCGAUCACAACCCGCGUCUCAUUCUCGGUCUCAUCUGGACCAUCAUUCUACGGUUCCAAAUCCAGGAAAUCGAAAUCGAUGUGGAUGAGGAAAAUGAAUCGUCCGAGAAGAAAUCCGCCAAAGAUGCGCUGUUGUUGUGGUGCCAGCGGAAGACGCAGGGUUACCAGCACGUGCACAUCACCGAUUUUACAGGUUCGUGGCGUUCUGGGUUGGGCUUCAAUGCGCUGAUCCAUUCGCACCGGCCGGAUCUGUUCGACUACAAUGCGUUGAUGCCGGGCCGGAACAUAGAUAACCUGAAUCAUGCCUUUGAGGUGGCGGAUCGGGAACUGGGAAUUCCCCGGUUGCUCGAUGCCGAGGAUAUCGAUACGGCCCGACCGGACGAGAAAUCGAUCCUCACCUAUGUGGCCAGCUACUAUCACACGUUCGCGCGGAUGAAGAACGAACAGAAGGGCGGCAAGCGGAUUGCCAACAUCGUCAACAAACUGAUGGAUGCCGACAAAAAGAAAAUGCAAUUUGAGAACCUUAUCACUGAUCUGCUCAGCUGGAUUCGGACGAAAACCGUCCAGCUAGAGAAGCGAAACUUCCCUAACUCGGUAGAGGGCAUUCAGGGGCAGCUACUAGCGUUCAAAGAGUACCGUACUAUCGAGAAACCUCCCAAAUAUAAGGAGAGAUCCGAGAUCGAAGCACUCUACUUCCACGUCAAUACGCUGCUGAAGUCACUCAAUCAACCACACUACACUCCCCAAGACGGCAAAAUGAUCAACGACAUCGAAAAAGCUUGGCGAUUGCUAGAAAACGCCGAACACAGUCGAGAAGUUGCGCUACGAGACGAACUGUUGCGUCAAGAGAAAUUGGAACAGUUAAAUUACAAAUUCGAAAAGAAGUCAGUAUUACGGGAAGGAUACUUGAACGAGAUGAUCCAGGUUCUGUCGGAUCCUCGAUACGGUGCCAAUCUGCGCCAGGUAGAUGCCACGGUGAAGAAACACGAAGCCAUUUCUGCCGAUAUCCUAUCCCGAACCGAUCGUUUCAACGACCUUACGGAAAUGUGCAAUGAACUACACGAAGAGAACUACCACGGAAAAGACAAAGUCAAACAUCGAGAAACCGAAGUCGUCACCAAGUGGAAGGGACUUCUGGAACUGCUCGAGAACCAUAGAUUUAAGCUUACACACAUGAGCGGAUUGAUGAAUCUGCUGCGAGAAAUCGACACUACCAUGGAAACCAUCAAAGCACUUAAAGUGCAAUUCGCUUCCGAAGAUGUCGGACCGCAUCUACUGGGAGUCGAGGAACUGCUACAAGCACACUCACUGCUAGAGCUACAGGUCACUACCCUAGGGGAAACCCAACGACGUUUCAACCGCCAAGGGGAAGCAAUAAAGAAAUCUGGAGUCAAAGACACCAGUCAGCUAGAUCAGAAACUAGAUGAACUAUCACAGGCGUAUCAGGAACUGCACGGUUGCAGUGCGGAACGAAGAGCUCGGCUCGACGAAGCCCGCGAUUUCUAUCAAUUCGUCGAAGAUCAUGAAAACGAAGAAGGAUGGCUCGUGGACAAACAGCGUAUUUGCAAAGCGGGAAUCACCGCCAAAGAUCUUCGCGCAGUAGUUUCUCUGCAACAGAAACACAAAGCCCUGGAAGACGAAAUGAAGGUCAGAAAGCCAAAAACUGCUCAAAUAACAGAAGCAGGAAAGAAACUCAUCACCGACAAACAUCCCAGACAUGCCGAUGUUCAAGGCAAGAUCGACUCUCUUCAAGAGCACUGGAAGGCUCUGGAGGAACUUGUCGAAGUACGUAAACGACAACUCGAUGACGCUGCCGAAGCUUACCAAUUCUACGCCGAUGCGAACGAAGCCGAUUCGUGGCUAAACGAAAAAAUGGCUCUCGUCGCGUCUGAUGACUACGGCGUUGAUGAGCCCUCAGCCCAAGCCCUUCUUCAACGCCAUCGAGAUCUACAAGGAGAGCUCAACGCCUACUCUGGUGACAUCCUAAACUUGAAUCAACAAGCAGACAAACUCAUCAAAGCAGGCAUUUGUACCCUAGAUUUGUCAGCAGAACCAGAACCGGCAACAAACGAAGGCGAACAGGAGGAAUGGGUCAACGAAACCCGCCUGGUUCCCAAAGAAGUUUGGGAAGAAGAACCCGUCGAAAGGUUGGAACACAAAACAGUCACCGAAAACAAACUUCUCCCUCACGUACGGGCUCUUUAUCCCUUCGAUGGACAGGGUAUGAAGAUGGCCAAAGGCGAAAUCAUGAUCCUACAAAACAAAACCAACAACGAUUGGUGGAACGUUCGAAAGCUGGACGGUACCGAAGGGUUCGUUCCCGCCAACUACGUCAAAGACAUUGAAGCACGACCUGUCCCCUGUUUGAUACGUAAGGCAGAAAAGGUCAAAGUUAUGCAGAAAGUUAAAAAGACUAUUCUGGUGAAGCAGGUGAUCCCAGUCAAGCGUGUGCGACCGGCCAAGGCUAGCCAAGCCAAACCAUUGGUCAAACGACGAACCGAGGGUGACACCACCAUCGAUAGUAACGACAGCGUAGAUAAGCGCCAGAAACACAUUAACAGCACUUACGACCAGCUUCAGGAACUUGCUGAACGUCGACGAGCCCUUCUAGAAGACUCCAUCUGCCUGUUCCGAUUCUACCGCGAAUGCGAUGAUUUUGAGAAAUGGAUCAAGGACAAAGAGAAGAUGCUUCGCACCGAAGAUCCGAAAGACAACGUUGAAUCGGCCAAACGUAAGUUCGAAACGUUCCUCACCGAUUUGUCGGCUUCAUCAAAACGUGUCGAGGCUAUCGAUUCCGAUGUUGAAGACUUUGUCCGACAGGGACAUUCGCAGUUGGAUAAAGUGAAAGCUAGACAACGACAAAUCCAUCAAAUGUGGGAACACUUAAACUAUCUUAAAGGACAGAAAGAGAAGAACCUCGAAGGAGCAUCAAGUGUGGAGUUGUUCAACCGCACUUGUGAAGAAGCAAUCGAUUGGAUGAACGAAAAGAUGACUCAGCUGGAUACAGCGGAGGUUGGUCCGGACUUGAAAACUGUCAAAGCUCUACAGCGUCGUCACGAAAAUUUGGAACGCGAACUAGCACCCGUGCAAGAAAAGGUAAACCGAGUAAACCUUCUCGGAAAUUCUGUCAAGAACUCGUAUCCUUCCGAAAGAGACAACGUCACCGCGAAGCAGAAAGAUAUCCAAAACCUUUGGAAGAAAUGCCAAGAGAAGGCAAAAGAACGACGAUCCAGGUUGGAAAACGCAGUUGGACAACAAAUCUUUACGAACGGUACCAAAGCGCUAAUCGCUUGGCUAGAAGACGUUCAUAAUCAGCUGAAUGCUGAAGAGACUGCUAGAGAUGUUGAAACAGCAGAAAACUUGUUGAAGAAACAUAAUGACCUGGCUGAAGAAAUCAAAGCCCAUGAAGACGAAUUCAGACAACUUGCACAACUGGGAAGCCAGUUGCUACAACGCAACCCUGGCUUAGUUGAGAUCCCUGAAAUGCAACAGAAACUUGCUACCGAGCAAGAAGCGCUUAACGACGCUUGGAACGUCAAGGAGAAAAAGUUGAAGCAAUGCAUCGAGCUGCAGGUGUUCAAUCGAGAGGCAGACAAGAUCGAUGCUACCACCAAGAGUCACGAGGCUUACCUCGAGUACGAUGACCUCGGUAACUCGCUGGACGAUGUCGAAGCCAUUCUUAAACGACACACUGACUUCGAGAACUCCUUGGGAGCUCAAGAUAAAAUUUUGAAGAAUUUCUCAGAAGGUGCGGAUAAACUAAUACGUAACAACCAUUACGAAGCAGAGCACAUCGGUGAACGACGUGAUCAAGUACUUGCCCGUCGCGAAAAGGUGAAACACCUGGCCCAGAAGCGAAGAAACGCACUUCAAGCUUCCAAGGACUUCCAACAGUUUUGCGCUGACGUUGAUGACCUCAACGGAUGGCUUGCAGAUAAAACCAAGAUUGCUAGCGAUGAGAGCUACAAGGAUUUGACGAAUCUACCCCGGAAACUACAGAAACACAAAGCCUUUGAACGUGAGCUGCGAGCUAACGAAGGUCAGUUGCGAACUGUCAACAAAGAAGGCGAAGCCCUGAUCAAGACGAACAAUCGAGCGGAUGAAGUGACGCGAAUGCUCGCCGCUGUCAAUCAGAAGUGGAAGGAUUUGAACAAUUCUUCACUGGAAAAAGGAAGGCGUCUGGAGCAAGCUUCACUGCAGCGAGAGCAUAAUCGAAACAUCGAAGAUGCCAAGAACAAGCUGGAAGAACUGGACUCAGCACUACAGAGCAAACAGGUUGGCAACGAUCUGCGUAGUUGCAAAGAUUUGAUGAACAAACACCAGAUCCUGGAGAAUGACAUCAGUAUGUGGGAACAGAAGGUUGCCGAACUGGUGACUUCUGGCGAGGAAAUGGCCCACGAGGGUCAUUUCGACGCCAACAAUAUCAAAAACGAAACCAAGAAAUUACAGAAUCAGUUUGCAAACUUGAAAGGUCCUGCAGCUAAGCGUCGAGAGGCGUUGGAAGAAAGCUUACGGUUCCAUAAAUUUGUCUUUGAACUCGAUGCAGAGCUGCAAUGGAUCAACGAACGUUUACCCGCGGCGAGCUCCGAAGUUAUCGGACAAAAUCUUCAUCAAGCUCAAAGUUUGUACAAGAAACAUAAGAAACUGGAAGCUGAAGUUGAGGGUCAUCAAUCGAUGAUCAACAGAACGUUGACCUCUGCUGAAAAUUUGAUCAACCAGAAUCAUCCCGAAAAAACCAAGGUUAAAGAACUAUGCCAAACGUUGGAACUGGCGUGGAACGACUUGCAGGAAAAGGCUGUCGAGCGUUCAAAGAAGCUGGAACUUUCACUCAAAGCGCAACAAUACCUUUCGGAAGCAGGAGAAAUAGAGACAUGGCUCGGUGAACGUAACAACGUUCUUCGAUCGACCGACUAUGGUCGGGAUCGAGAUUCGGCUACAAAGUUGCUAACGAAGCACAAGGCCAUCGAGUUGGAGCUGGACACGUAUUCCGGUAUUGUGUCAGAAAUGGGACACACAGCCUCGGCAAUGGUUGCAGCGAAACAUCCGGACAGUAAAAUCAUUGCCACAAAGCAACAGCUGGUCGAGAAAAUGCUGAAGUCCUUGCAGAAACUGGCCGCCCAACGGCAGCUUCGGCUGAUGGAAAGCUUGUAUCGGCACGAAUACUUCAUGGAGUCGGCUGAACUGGAACAGUGGAUCAAGGAGCAGGAACAGGCCGUCAAUUCGGAAGACUACGGCCACGAUUAUGAACAUUUAUUAAUCCUUAAAAACAAGUUUGACGAUCUGAAGCAUCGCAUUGAAGUGGGAGCUGAGCGAUUCAACCAAUGCGAAGAAGUCGCCAAGAAGUUGAUCGGUAGCGACAGUCCUUACGUAGCUGACAUCGAAAGGGGCCAGGAACAACUCAGCAGGAACGAACAGGCCUACACCGAAGCCCAGUUGGAUGUUGUCGAGCGACAUGAUCAAAUUUGCAAUUGCUGGCAAAACCUUCUGAAGCUGUUGUCAGCCCGGGAGAAGAAACUCCAUGCUGCGGGUGAAAUCCAUCGCUUCCACAGAGAUGCUGCCGAAGCACUUUUCCGUAUCCAGGACAAGAAUGCAGCUCUAUCUACUGAGUUGGGUAAGGAUUUGAACUCUGCCUUGGCCUUGACUCGCAAACACGAAGCGUUUGAAAACGAAUUGGUUGCCUUGGAGGCACAACUUCAAGUACUGGUUGACGAUUCGAUGGACCUUCAAUCCAAAUACCCUGGUGACAAUGCCAAGGCCAUUGGCGUUGAGCGGGAAAAUGUUGUCCACGGUUGGGACAUGUUGAAGGAAAAGUCCGCUCUGCGAAACGAUCAGUUGCAGGCUAGCUGCGAUUUGCAACACUUCUUGACUCAGGUACGUGAUCUUAUGUCCUGGGCUACAAAUUUGCGGGCUACCCUGCAGGCCGAAGAACAUGUGAGCGAUGCCACCGGUGCAACAGCUCUCAAAAUCCAACACGAUGCGAUAUAUGGUGAGAUCGAAGCUAGGGAGGAAACUUUCCGCUAUUUGAACGAACUGAGCGAUUCGAUGGUACAGACAGGUCACUACGCCGCCACAGAAGUGGAAGAGAAAUGCUCGGCUCUGCUGGAUGAACGAGCUAAACUUCACUCGGCUUACAGCAAAAAGAAAAUAUUGCUGGAACAGAAGAUCGACCUGUUCUGUUUUAUGCGAGACGCGAAGGUGAUCGACAACCUUAGCAGCGGCCAGGAAGCUACGCUUUCCAGCUCAGAUUUCGGACAAACUGUAGAAGUUGUUCAAGAUCAGGUGAAGAAACACGACGCCUUUGAGAAACUCAUUCAAACGCAGGAUGAGAAGGUUGCCAUUUUGCAAGACCACGGCAGAAAGCUGGUCGAACAAAAUCACUUCGACAGUGAGAACAUAAGGAAACGAUUGCGAGAAAUUUUCGAUCGCAGACAAAAGAUCAAGGAAUUGUGCACUUUGAGAAGACAGAAGCUGCAACAUGCUCUGCUGUAUGCUCAGUUUAUCCGGGAUUGCGCUGAGGCUGGUGCCUGGAUAAACGAAAAGCAAAAGAAAUUGGAAGCAGAUGCACAUACGUUUGCAGACGUUUCCAAUAUGGAAGAUAAGGUCAAGAAACUGCAGAAGCAUCAGGCCUUCCAAGCUGAAGUUGCUGCCAAUGAGGGACGAAUCAAAGAAGUCAAGCAGAUGGGAGAAACACUGAUCGCUAAGCGACAUGAAUGUGCUUCGGAAAUCGAGGAAGAAGUUCGUAAGCUGAGCGAAUCCUGGAAUGUUCUUAUCAACGAAGUUGCCUCCAGAGGACGAGGUCUGGAAGAGGCUCAGGACAUUUUGGAAUUUAACAGCCAGUUGGACAAACUGGAGGCAUGGAUUCGAGACAAAGAAAUGAUGGUGAAUGCUAGUGACACCGGUCGUGAUUUGGAGCAUUGCAAUGCUUUGAAGCGGAAACUCGAUGACGUCGAUUCCGACAUGCGUGUUGACGACCAACGUAUCAAGAUGAUAAACGUAUUAGCUGACAAGCUUCUUACACAAGACAAAGCUCCAAAUGAAGCUAAGAAUGUCCAACAGAGAAGAAACAACUUCAACAACAAGUGGAAGUCUCUGCAGGGAGCUUUGAACAAAUACCGAGAGUUGCUUGACGGAGCAAACGAGAUUCACGUCUUCAACCGAGAUGUUGACGACACUGCCGAGCGUAUCGCUGAAAAACAACUAGCAAUGAGCGUCGAAGACAUCGGAAGGGACUUAAAUGCUGUGGAGUCGCUGAAGCGGAAACAAGACGCUUUGCAACGCGAUAUGACAGCCGUACACCAAAAGAUUGGUGAACACGAUAAGCGAGCUGCUGCGUUGAUGCAGAAAUAUCCGGACAAUGUAGUUCCGAUCGAAGAAAAGUUGGAAGAGCUCAAACGUCAAUGGAAUAACUUACAAGAAUCUAGCGUCAAACGGGUAGGAACACUAGAAAACGCCUACACUGCUCACAGGUUCACUGCAGAUGUAAAGGAGCUAGAGCUGUGGACCAACGACAUCAUCAAGAAAAUGGACUCAGUAACAAACCCGACGACGAUUGCCGAAUGUCAAGCGCAGAUCCAGUUGCACCGGGAGCGCAAAGCAGAAAUCGACGGAAGAGACAAAGUUUUCAAAGUCCUGCAGGAACAUGGAGAACAGCUGGUUGCUGAAAACAAAGCGCAGGGUAUCAAGAACGACUACGUUGAAAAGGCUUUGCGUCAGCUGGAAGACUUAAACAAGCACCUGCACGACUCCUGGAAGGGUAAGAAUCGUGGCUUGAAGGAAGCCCAUCAGCUGCAACAGUUCAAAGAACAAGCUGAGCAGAUUGAAGCCUGGUUGGCUAAUAAGGAAGCUUUCCUGAACAACGACGAUCUAGGAGAGUCUUUCACUGCGGUGGAAGCACUAAUCAAGAAACAUGAAGCCUUUGAAAAACUUCUUGCUGCCAGUAGAAUUGAUGAGCUGGAACGAUUCGCAGAGAAAAUAUUGGCCGAAAGUCCCUUCGAAGCAGAUAUUAUUAAACAGAGGCUCUGUUUAGUUAUUGCUAGAAAAGACAAAUUAUUAGCUUCAUCAGCAGCUAGGAAGCAGAAACUGCAAGAAUCGCUUCAGUUGCAACAGUUCCUACGAGGGCUUUACGAAGUUGCCAAAUGGAUUGGCCACAAAAUGCAAGUUGCUUUGGACGAGAACUAUCGGGAGCCAAGCAAUCUUCAGAGUAAAAUCCAGAAGCAUACCGCUUUUGAUGCGGAGCUGGGAGCAAAUUCCAGCAGAGUUACUGGAAUAAUCGAUGAAGGAGAAUCAUUGAUCAACGCAGAGCACUACGCUGGUGGUCUGGUACAGGAGCAGCUGGACAUGUUGGAAGCCGACUGGCAGAAGCUGCGUGAAGCGUCGCGAGAAAAGAAAGAACGCUUGGCUCAGGCCUACGAUGCGCGGCUGUUCAUUCGAAACUUGGAUGAUUUCAGCACCUGGAUGGACGAAGUUGAACUACAACUAUCUUCGGAAGAUUACGGAAGGGACUUGGCUUCGGUCAGUAAUUUGCUGAAGAAACAUGAAAUGCUUGAGGCAGAUGUUGCCCAUCAUUUGGAAACUUGUGAUCAGAUCAAGGCUACUGACGAUAAGUUCCUAGCCUCAGACCAUUUCUUGAAGGACGAACUUCACGAAGCAGCGAUGGUAACCAUUAAGCGAUACCACUCGUUGCACGAACCUACCACAAUUCGACGAGACAAUUUGGAAGAUUCUCUGCAGCUGCAUCAGUUCCUGCGAGAUGCUGAAGACGAGCUUUCAUGGUUGAACGAAAAGGAACCUUUAGCCGGUUCGAAGGACCUAGGAAAUAGUUUGACGGCGGUGCAAAGCUUGCAGAAGAAACAUCAAGCUCUGGAAGCGGAAAUUUUAUCAAGGGAACCGAUCAUUCUGGCGCUUAUUCAACGUGGUCAACAGAUGGUUCGAGAAAACCACUACGCGGUGGAGCAAAUCGAUGGGCAGUGCAGUUUGCUUCAGCAAAAGUUGAUCAAUUUACGUAAUUUGACUAACGUACGGCGUUUGAGGCUGCUGGAUGCUGUUGAGAGUCAGCAAUUCUACGCGGAAGCCAAUGAAGCGGAAGGAUGGCUGCGGGAGAAAAAGCCUAUUAUUUCGUCGCACGAUUAUGGUAAGGACGAGGAUUCGGUGAGCUCACUUCAAAAGAAACUUGAAGCGCUGCAGCGGGAACUGGUGGCAUUCGAUCCGACUGUCGAGAAGAUCGAUAAGCUGGCCAGUGGGUUGCAGGAACGAGGGCACUUCGAUAGCGAAAAGAUUAAGGCCAAGAACGAUAAAAUUCAGUAUCAGUUCCAGGAGCUAAAUCGAUUAGCUGGGGAGCGGGAGAAGAAGUUGGCGGAAACGAAGAAGCUGUUCGAGUUUGUUCGAGAGAUUGACGACCUUCAAGAAUGGAUCGAGAUGCAGAUGACUACAGCGGGAUCCGAAGAGUAUGGUACGGAUGUGGAACAUGUGGAGCAGUUGACGGCACAAUUUGAGUCGUUCGUUUCAAAUAUGAACUCCAAUGAAGGUCGUGUUCAUGCGUGUGUUGCCAAGGGAGAAUCGCUGCUGAAUGAGGGAAAUCCUAAUAAGGAUUUGAUUAAGGCGAAGCGCGACGAGACGAAGCAGCUUUGGGAUGAGCUGAAGGAUUUGGUUGUGGCACGACAGGAAGCUUUGGCUGGAGCGAAACAGGUUCAUGUGUUCGAUAGGACAGCAGAUGAAACAAUCAGCUGGAUCAAUGAAAAAAUCUCAGCGGUGUUGUCUGAGGAUUACGGUCACGAUUUAGAGACAAUCCAGGCUUUAGUGCGAACACACGACAGCUUUGAAGUUGAACUUGGAGCGAUCAAGGAACAGCUCGAGUCGGUUGUAACGGAAGCACAAAAGUUGGGUGAUACAUUCCCCGAUGCCAAAGAACACAUUGAGGUCAAACGAGAUGAGGCGAUUGAGGUUUGGUCCGAGCUGAAGGAAAAAACUGUUCAGCGCAAAGAGAAGCUUAUGCAGGCCGAACAACUACAAGCAUACUUCGAUGAGUAUCGAGAUUUGAUGGCUUGGAUCAAUGAGAUGCUUGCACAGAUCACAGCUCCAGAUCUUGCCAAGGAUGUAGCUGGGGCGGAAGCUCUUAUAGCUAAAAUCAAAGAACAUCGAACAGAAGUUGAUUCGCGAAAGGAGGGAUUCGAAACGUUCUACAAAACCGGAACUAAGCUUAUUAAAGAUGGACAUUUUUUGGCAAACGAGGUACAGGAGAAAAUUGCCGUGCUGAAUCAAAGGAAGCGUCUACUGGAUAAUACGAUUAAUCAGCGAGAAGAAAUCUACGAGCUGAACUUGGACACACAAAUCUUCUUGAAGGAAGCUGAAGUGAUAGAGAAGUGGAUCAUAACGAGACAGGUGCAGUUGAAGGAUGGUAAGCUGGGAGAAAACAUUGCUCAGGUUGAAGAUCUUAUCCGAAAACACGAAGACUUUGAGAAGACAGUAAUUGCCCAGGAGGAGAAGGUCUUGGCAUUAAAACGGAUCACACUACUUGAGCAGAAGUUUAAGAAACAACUGGAAGCCGAACAAGCAGCCCGAAUCGCAGAGAAGGAAAGAGUCGAGCGAGAACGCCACGAAGCGCUUAAACAAAAAGAGGUUCAAAGAAUCACCGAAGAGCGCCGAAGACACGAUCCGAAUGCAUCGGCUAUCAAUGGUUUUACAGAGACUCCCACCAAAUCUUCUACCCCUAGUCAUCUUUCGCCGGCAAGUGCAAAUGCUGGUAUCUCCAAGGAAGCGCCAGAUGUAUCCCCGGUGCAGAAGUCCAAUUCGUUCGCAACCAUGAUUCAGGAACGGCUUCGACGCGGUUCGGAAGGAAACAUUAAACGGGCUGAGAGCAUGAAGAUCGGUCCGAAACCAGCCAAGCGAACCCCAUCCUUCACAACUCGACGACGGGCGCAGAGUUUCCGAAAGAACCAGCGAGGCAGCGAUUCGAACGAGUCUGACCUACCUCCGGUUGAGGUACAGGGAAUGCUCGAUCGCAAACACGAACUACAAUCCGGUGGCAAGAAGGCUCCAGUUCGUUCCUGGAAACCAUAUUACACGGUCCUGUGCGGUCAGUUGCUGUGUUUCUUCAAGGACGCCGAAGACUUUGCCCAGAAGAAGGCUGCCACUGCUCCGGUCAACAUACUAAACGCCAAAUGCGACCGGGCCGAGGAUUACACCAAAAAGAAGAACGUUUUCCGGCUGGUGUUACUGGAUGGCUCGGAGUUCCUUUUCCUCACCGGUUCCAAGGAGUCAAUGAGCGAAUGGAUCAACAAAAUUGCCUUCCACGCCGCACUCCCGCCCAAUUUGCAGCUUAUGAGCUACGAUGAAUCAAUGAAGUCCCAGGUAUCAGCGCAGUCCCCGAUCCUAGAUCGUAGCGACGCUAACUCGUCCAUUAGCUCCCGAACGUCUUCGCCCGAUUCGCAGCGGCGAGACUCCCGUGCCUCCCUAAACAGUGCGAAAUCCGGUGGUUCCGGUAGCAAUGCCAGUAGCAGCAUACAGUCCACCAACAGCACCACCCCCCAAAUCAAUUUCCUGCAGAAGCAGAAGGAGUUGCGUGAGCUAGAAAAUCAGCAACGCCUCUCGCAACAACAGAUGAGUACGUUCCAGAUGCCCCAAUCCCCUACCCAGGAAGUCUACAACUUGGCCGAUAAGCCUCCAAUACCUCCGAGGGGAGUUCCGCCUCCGGUUCCCCAAAGGCAAUCCAGCAGUGACAACGUUAGCAAUAAUAACAACGUUAGUGGCAAUCCAACAGUACAAAUUCGCUCCAAAACCAGCAGCGGUAGUAGUGGAAGUUUCAAUGGAAAUGAUUACGACAACGGAAACUACACCAACACAAAUAACACCCGACCAUUUUCAUACCAACCAAAUUCAUCGAGUCAACAACGGAGUAUUCCCCAAAAUGGUAACAACCCAACCAACAACGGUAACGGAAACGGCGAAGACGUCUGGUUACGUCACAGUGAAUUGAGGUCAUCCGAAAAUCCUCCACCACCACUACCAGCAACUUCACCCCCGUUGAGUACCUUCUCUCCGUUGAAACCAUCAACUGGUUAUCAGCAGCAGCAGCAACACCAGCACCACCAUCAGCAACAACCACACCCGAACCAGAAACAUCACCCGCAGCAACAUCAAGAUCAGUUCAUGCGCCGAGAACGGGAACAAUCUGGCGCAAAUAACUACCUGAAAAUGACCAACCCCCCGCCUCCCCCAGUAGUAGGCAAUAGCCACGGCAGCAGUCGAGACAUCGGUAGUAACAUGUCCCGGACCACGUGGCAUCACCACCUGGGUCCACCACUAGCAGGAGCACCGGGAACCAACGGAGGCGUCGAGUAUCUGAACAACGGCAACAGCAGCAAUACCUUCGGCAAUAACAUCAACCUGGACGGAUACAGCUCCGGUUGGGGUCAGUCAAGACUCGAAACGAACCGACCGACCAGUAUGCCGGUCCCGAACGUCGGAGCCGCUUCUGGUUCUACCGACAUUGCAGGGCUUAUCAUGGGCCGUAGCACUGGCCAGUCGGCGGAAAGUUCCAGCGAGAGCGAGGCCAGUUUCAUCAAGGGAGCCGCCGGCCAGAAGGAGCCCAAGGACAAGAAGGCGGGCGGGGGCAGCAGCGUUUUUAGGAUGUUCUCCAAGAAAAAAUCCAAGAAUCACAAUUGAUUUGGGGAGAAGAAUUAUUUUUAAAACAAAAGAAAUGCGUGGGUUGUGUAAAGUAGGUUUAGUGAGAUAGGAUUUUGUAAUAUUAUUUUUAAUCCACAAAGAGCAGCUGUCAUCUUGUUCGUGUAGAACAGGAUAUUCUUAUGUUUAAAAUUGCCUUUGUUUUGUUUAUUUUCUUUUCUUACGCAGGACAUGUUACUAUUUUCAUAGAUAUUCUUUUAAGUACUAUGUAACUGAUUUGAACAUUUAUCGAAUAUCUUCGAGUAGCUUCCCAUCUUCAGUUUUAUAACAUGUAUGGAAGAAAUAAUACAAGUUUGAUUGUUAGUAGUCGUAUUUAUAUUCAGGCAGCAACAUUGAUUUUUAGAGUUAAUGUUCCAUAAACACAUAGUGACUAAAAAAAUAAUAAUGGUUUGGAAAGGAACAUAGAAAAUAAACUAUCAAUGAGUGUACCGAACAGUCAAUAGUAAAACACAAUAAAAAGUUAGAACAAGUUCAUAUUACCGAGCAUAGGUUACUCUAUUGUUAACUACGUGAUUGUAGUUUUUCGAACCUGUUAAAAAAUUUCCGCAAUUGUUUAUAUUAUAAAUCGAUUAAGGUUGAAUAAAAGUAUAUUUAAUAAA